GAAGACAGUACACCUUUUCAGUUUUCACAGUGAAAAUGCCAAAACAACACUUAUCAGAUACCAGAAAAAUCUCAUUCCCACUCACCACCAUGGCACCCUCCACAACCGCCACUACCACCACCACCACCGUCCUCCUCCUCUUUCUCACAUUCUCUCUUCUACAAACCACCACAACCGCCGAAUUAGACACCACAUCAGACUGUACAGGCCGUUGGAUCCACAUCAGAAAGCUUCCAACAAGAUUCAACCUCGACCUUCUCACAAACUGUUCAUCGUUCUUCCCAUUAUACCCAGAUUUCUGCCCCGACUUAGCCAAUCAUGGGUUGGGCCCAAAAACCCACAACCACUCACAUUCAUGGUACCGCACUGACCCUCACCUCCUCGAGCUCUUCUUCCAUCGUCGUCUUCUCGAAUACCCUUGUCUCUCUCCUCACCCUCAUCAAUCCGACGCCGUUUUCCUCCCUUACUACUCCUCCCUUGAUUCUCUUCGGUUUCUAUACGGCCCUGAUUAUAACUCCAGUCAUCUUCACGGCCUUGAUCUCUUCUCCUUCCUCCAAUCCAACGAUCCAGAUAUCUGGGGGAGAAACAACGGUCAUGAUCACUUCCUUAUCAUGGCCCGCACCGCAUGGGAUUUCUCCCAACCCCUCCCUGUAAAAAACGAUGAGGAAAAUGAGAGGUUAUGGGGGACAUCGUUUUUGAUGUUGCCGGAGCUUUUCAAUUUGACGGUUUUAACCUUGGAGUCUAGAGCUUGGCCUUGGCAAGAGCAAGCGAUUCCUCAUCCGACGUCGUUUCAUCCCUCGAAUUUGGGGUUUUUGGAUUCGUGGGUUUCACGGGUUCGAAAAUCUCGCCGGAGUUCACUCAUGUUUUUUGCCGGAGGUGGUGGGACGUCACCGACGGGGAACCCGAAUGUGAGGAGGAGUAUUCGGGAGGAGUGUGGGGCGGUUCAGAAUUCGUCGGUGGCUGACGGAAGAAGGUUCCAGAAAUUGUGUGAGAUUGUUGAUUGUUCUAAUGGAAUUUGUGAGCAUGAUCCUAUUAGGUACAUGAAGCCAAUGCUGCAAGCUAGCUUCUGCUUACAACCUCCAGGGGAGACUCCAUCAAGGAGAUCAACUUUUGACGGGAUAAUUGCGGGAUGCAUACCUGUUUUCUUCGAGGAUCAAUCGGCUAAAAAUCAGUUUCAAUGGCAUCUCCCACCCGUCGAAUUUGGGGAGUUUUCAGUGACAAUCCCAAAGGAGGAAGUGGUUUUCAAAGGGUUGAAGAUAGUGGAUGUUUUGAUGGGAAUACCAAGAGCAGAAGUGAGAAAGAUGAGGGAGAAGGUAAUGGAGUUGAUUCCAAGGAUUAUGUACAGAAAACAUGGGAGUUCUUUGGGUUUGAGGGCUAAGAAGGAUGCUUUUGAUAUCGCAAUUGAAGGAACUUUGCAGAGGAUUAAAGGCAGGUUGAAUGAUGUCUCUGCUGCUGGCUGAAUGAAUGAAUGAAUGAGUGAAUGAUGCUGCAAAAACUAUUGAAAUUUUUAUGGUGCCAACUUAUGCAGUAAGAUUUUAGGCACUAACAGUGUAUUUAUUUGGUCUUCCACUUCAUAUUGAAGGUAUAUAACAUAAUUACAGAGUAUAACACGUACUAGUAGUAGUCUAUUAAACUUUUGUAUACUAUAAUAGGUUAUAUAAGCAUUCUUUUGCUAAUAAGUACGGAGUAGGAGUACUUCACUUGUGAACUGUCUUCUGUUGUCGAUCUUAAGCUUCGGUACAGGAUAUUAGAGCACAUCCAGCAAUCAGGCUUUUUUUUUUUUUUUUUUUAUUAUUAUUUAUGAUGGGUGAAAACAUCUUAAUCUUCAUCUGUAAUUAGUAAUUAUAGCAUUGUUCCUUCA